CUUGGUGUCAAGCAGAUGAUCCGUUGUAACAACAUGGAAGCCACCUCCCCCAAGUACUCAAAGGCUAGGUACGAUGAAAUUGUGAAGGAGGUCCCAUCUUACUUAAAGAAGGUUGGAUACAACCCAGACAAAAUUGCCUUUGUUCCCAUCUCUGGAUUCGAGGGAGACAACAUGAUUGAGAGGUCCACCAACCUUGACUGGUACAAGGGACCAACUCUCCUUGAGGCUCUUGACAAUAUCUCUGAACCAAAGACACCCUCAAACAAGCCCCUUCGUCUUCCACUUCAGGAUGUUUACAAGAUUGGAGGUAUUGGAACUGUGCCAGUGGGACGUGUUGAAUCUGGAUUCAUCAAGCCUGGUAUGGUUGUUACCUUUGGACCCACCGGGUUGACCACUGAAGUUAAGUCUGUGGAGAUGCACCACGAUGCCCUUCAAGAAGCUCUUCCAGGAGACAAUGUUGGGUUCAAUGUCAAGAAUGUCGCAAUGAAGGAUCUCAAGCGUGGUUUCGUCGCCUCCAACUCCAAGGAUGACCCUGCAAGGGAAGCUGCCAACUUCACCUCCCAGGUCAUCAUCAUGAACCAUCCUGGUCAGAUCGGUAACGGUUAUGCCCCAGUUCUUGACUGUGACACAUCUCGCAUUUCUGUUAAGUUUGCUGAGAUCCUCACCAAGAUUGAUAGACGAUCCGGAAAGGAGCUUGAGAAGGAGCCCAAGUUUUUGAAGAAUGGUGAUGCUAGUAUCAUUAAGAUGCUUCCAACCAAGCCCAUGGUUGUGGAGACCUUCUCUUAGUAUCCACUUCUUGGACGUUUUGCUGUCAGGGACAUGAGGCAGACAGUUGCUGUUGGUGUCAUCAAGGAAGUUGAGAAGAAGGACCCAACAGGAGACAAGGUUACCAAGUCUGCUGUCAAGAAGAAAUGAAGUGUGUUUCCAAGGUUAACUAG